AUGUCUCCAUCCAUGAACCCCUCCUCCGCCCCGCUUGGUCCUGUCAAUGCAGCCAGAAGACCAGGCCCGCUACCUUCGCGUGCCAGUGGGUUGAACUCGGACAUUCAGGCAAAGAUGAAGGCGUUCUCCCUGUCUCGGCAGGGUGCACCUCCCGCAAAAGCACAAGCAGGAGGGUUUGCCGGUCCCCAGGCCGGUGCUUUCGCAGGCGGCCCCUUGACAGGAGCUCCUCCGCCCUCACCCAGCUCCUCUGCUGCCAACCUGCGACUCCCUCCUGGGAUGCAACGACCGAAUGCACCGAGUUUUGGCUCCUCGCCCUCCCCAAUCACCGGCAGCCCUCGAAUGAUGGGCGCCCCCAGGCCUCCAGUCGGCGGACUGGCCGCAAAACGAGGUUUGAAGCCCGGUGGAAUGAAAUUGUCAGAUGCGCACAAGCCUGCCCCUGCUGGACAGGAGGAGGACAAGACAGACACCGGCUCUCAAUUCAACAGGUACUCGAACAUCAUUGAUACGAAGAAAGGCACUUUAAAUUUUCACAACAAAGCUGUCAUCCAUGGAAGUGGUAUUGAUUUUGCGGGUGGCAGUACCUUUUCCAUUUCUCUAGACGAGGUCGACACCCUGUCAGAAUUGGGCAAGGGCAAUUAUGGGACGGUUUUCAAAGUUAGGCACGCUCGGCCCAAGAUGAGGCGCCCUGGUUUGGGCUUGCGAGGCAACAUGGUUCGGCAAUCAUCAGCCUCCAUUCCCAAGGACGACGAAGAGACAGACUCACAGUCAGAUACAAAAGGGACAAGCGGUCUCGUCAUGGCCAUGAAAGAGAUCCGCCUCGAGCUCGAAGACUCGAAGUUUGCUGCGAUCAUCAUGGAGUUGGACAUUCUACACCGAUGUGUAUCACCUUUCAUUAUCGACUUUUAUGGCGCGUUUUUCCAGGAAGGGUCGGUUUAUAUCUGCAUUGAAUACAUGGACGGCGGCUCGGUGGACAAGUUAUACGGAGAUGGAGUCCCAGAGGGAGUCCUCAAGAAAAUCACCCUGUCGACGGUCAUGGGGCUCAAAUGCCUGAAGGACGAACACAACAUCAUCCAUCGAGAUGUCAAACCGACGAAUAUACUGGUCAACACGCGUGGCCAGGUCAAGAUUUGUGAUUUUGGCGUCAGCGGCAAUCUGGUGGCUUCAAUAGCCAAAACAAAUAUUGGAUGCCAGAGCUACAUGGCGCCAGAACGCAUAUCAGGAGGCGGCAUGGCUCAAGUCGGCGCCGGCGGAGGCACCUAUAGCGUUCAGUCCGAUAUCUGGUCUCUCGGUCUCACCAUCAUCGAAUGCGCACUCGGCCGAUAUCCCUACCCCCCCGAAACUUAUGACAAUAUAUUCAGCCAACUUAGUGCCAUUGUGGAUGGUGACCCUCCCGAUCUUCCAGCCGACCAGUUCUCCGAAGCGGCCAUUGAUUUCGUACGGGGCUGCUUGAACAAAAUCCCCCGGCUCAGACCAACUUACGCUAUGCUGCUUCGACAUGCCUGGCUUGCACCACUCCUGAAGCCUCCCACAAUUUCCGAGGACGAUGAGGGCGAGCAGGCAGCUGAGGCUGGCAUCGAAUCGGCCUUCUCAAAUGAUACGGCCCCAGACACUGCGGACAAAGAAGUUGCAAACUGGGUCAAGAGCGCACUGGAGAAGAAGAAAGCCGGCAAGUUGGCGUCACAUAAGAAGCCUGCGCUACACGAAGCGCCUCUGGACGCGGUGCCAGGCAGCCCUCUGGUUGCCCCUGACGGGCCUAUGCCAUUGGGCGGAGAUGCAAUGACGCCUGAUGUCAAGGCAAACAUUGGGGUGAAGGUGGAAUCACCCGAUUUGUUGGCAGCAAGGGUAGAGGGUAUAGAUUUUGCUUCAUGA